UUCCAAUUCGCCCCUUCCUGGAAUCGCACUGAUGUGUAAAAUAUCAUCAAACUAACCUUUUUAAAAGUGUUUUUAACCAUUUUCAGCGAUGUUGAAGGGAAACAGAAUCCCGGGGUUUUAAGGCGAAUAUCGGUUAAAAGCAAAGUACCAAAACAUAUAUUAUACCCGGCUGUCUCCUCUUCGGGAUUGUUGUGGUCCUUCAGACCAGACCCGCAGGACCAGGCCGACCCCGUCGACUUUUCUUCCGCCAGUAUCCUACUGUCACACAGUCUGAGUAAAGGAGUGGCCAACGGUGGGAUGGCUCAGUUCCAAGAAAUGAUGCGGCAGCAGCUGGAGACCUCUAUGCACACGGAGCUGGAGAAACUGCUGGACACCACCACAGGCGCAGAAAGAGAGGUGUCCAGAAAAGACUUUGAGGGCUUCAAGAAUCUUUUCCAUAGAUUUCUGCAGGUGAAGGGGCCAUCAUUAGAGUGGAUCAAGAUACAAAGACCUCCAGAGGACUCGAUCCAGCCCUACGAUAAGAUCGCUGGCCGAGGCCUGCCAAACAACGUGGCUGACUGCCUGAACAAACUGGUGGUGGUGAAGCUGAAUGGAGGCCUGGGCACCAGCAUGGGAUGUAAGGGCCCCAAGAGCCUGAUCAGUGUCCGCAACGAGAACACCUUCCUAGACCUCACGGUGCAACAGAUCGAGCACCUGAACAAGACGUACAACACAGACGUGCCGCUGGUUCUCAUGAACUCCUUCAACACAGACGAAGACACAAAGAAGAUCCUGCAGAAGUACACACACCACCGUGUCAAGAUACACACCUUCAACCAGAGCAGGUACCCUCGUAUCAACAAAGACUCGCUCCUCCCUGUGUCCACAAACUUGAACAUGAACGGGCAAGGCGCGGAAGGCUGGUACCCUCCGGGGCACGGCGACAUUUAUGCCAGCUUCUACAACUCGGGCCUGUUGGAUCAGCUGAUCGCGCAGGGCAAGGAGUACAUCUUUUUGUCCAACAUCGACAACCUGGGAGCCACCGUCGACCUCCACAUCCUGCACCACCUGGUCAGCCAGCCCAACGGCAAGCGCUGCGAGUUCAUCAUGGAGGUGACGGAUAAGACGCGCGCCGACGUCAAGGGUGGCACGCUGAUCCAGUAUGAAGGUAAACUGCGUCUGCUGGAGAUCGCCCAGGUGCCCAAAGCCCACGUCGACGAAUUCAAAUCGGUGUCAAAGUUCAAGAUUUUCAACACCAACAACCUGUGGAUCUCUCUGGCUGCCAUCAAGAAGCUGCAGGAACAGAAGGCAAUGGACCUGGAGGUUAUAGUCAACCCCAAGACGCUUGACGGCGGGCAGAACGUUGUCCAGCUGGAGACGGCGGUCGGUGCCGCCAUCAAAUGCUUCGACAACGCCCUGGGCAUCAACGUGCCUCGCAGCCGCUUCCUGCCCGUCAAGACCACGUCGGACCUGCUGCUGGUCAUGUCCAACCUGUACAGCCUGGACGCCGGCUCUCUCACCAUGAGCCCCAAGAGAGAGUUCCCAACAACACCGCACGUCAAACUGGGCAGCUCCUUCACCAAGGUUCAGGAAUACUUGACCCGCUUCGAGAGUAUCCCCGACAUGCUGGAGCUCGACCACCUGACGGUGUCAGGAGACGUCACCCUGGGGAAAAACGUUUCACUCAAGGGCACCGUCAUCAUCAUCGCCAACCACGGAGAUCGGAUUGAUAUUCCGGCCGGCUCCAUGCUGGAGAACAAAAUCGUAUCUGGCAACCUCCGCAUCAUGGACCACUGACACCUUUUCCACACACAAAAUGUGCCCUUAUCAACCUAGUUGGCUUUAUCCCCGUGAUGUGACCCGUCAUUUUUCAACGCAUUGUUCUCCCUGAAGGGUAUGUGUGAUCGUAUGUGCAGAGCUACUCUGCAGCUUCAACAGUAGGUUGUUUACAUGGUUGAUGGUUGAGGGUGCUUGUAGCUGGCAUGUCCUGCCCCCUGUAGGCUGUUUAUAAUAAAAUAUAAACCUCAAAUAGUGUUAAUAAUACUCUACUUUUAGCGGUUAUAUUAAACAAUGACAUAAACAAUCCAUGGUAGGGAGAAAAAUAACAUAUCAGAUUCUAUUUUAUUAUCUUUUAACUGUGAUUUUGACGGGGGUUUUCUGCCAAAAACAACUCGAAAUAGAUACUAUAAUAAUAAUAUUGCCAAUUUAUCAUCAUCUUCAUCCUCUGUGUGCUCUUACAGCACUCUUAAUGCGAUCACAUAGUGUACUUACAUAGAGGGGUAAAGUCAUGAUGAGUUUUGACCAUUUCUUUCAAGCACUGAGAUCUCACUCUGAGACUCAACAUGGUUCCACAAAAUACAGCGGUGGCAAGUUAUGUCCAACUGACAGAAAUAAGUGAUAUAAUGGGCAGUUAUCCAUUAUCUAUACCUGGGGCUGGAGCCUGUCCUAGCUCACAGGUACACACAAUACAUACU